ACCUACUUCAGCCUGGACCCUGCCAUGAAGCGCCUGUUGCUCCCUGGCUCCCAUUUCGAUCUGCUUUUCACUUUUUCCUUGUCCCCGAUACAUAAGGAAGGUACCAGGUGGUCCAGGGCAUCAUCUCUCCUGUCAAUGACAACUACGGGAAGAAAGACCUCGCACCUUCCCAUCACCGAGUGGCCAUGGCCCGGCUGGCCCUGCAGACUUCCGACUGGAUCCGGGUGGACCCCUGGGAGAGCGAGCAGGCGCAGUGGAUGGAGACGGUGAAGGUGCUGAGGCAUCAUCACAGCGAACUGCUCAGAUCUCCGCCCAGGAUGGAAGGGCCAGACCACGGCCAGGCACUCUCCCCGGGCCAUGCAGCUGUGCCUGAGCUGAAGCUCCUCUGCGGGGCAGACGUCCUGAAUACCUUCCGCACCCCCAACCUCUGGAGGGAGGCUCACAUCCAGGAAAUAGUGGAGAAGUUUGGCUUGGUGUGCGUGGGCCGGGCGGGUCACGACGCAAAGGGAUACGUCUUGGAAUCGCCCAUCCUGCGGAGGUACCAGCACAACAUCCACCUAGCCCGGGAGCCUGUGCAGAACGAGAUCAGCGCCACCUACAUCAGGCGAGCCCUGGGCCAAGGGCAGAGCGUCAAGUACCUGCUCCCUGACAGUGUCAUCGCCUACAUCAAGGACCACAACCUCUACUCCAAGAACAGUUCCUGGGAAGGCAAAAGAACCCAGAGCAACGAAGGAAAAACAAGCUAGGGAGAGACUCAGCGUGCGGGCCGCCCACUCCUCCCCCACCAGUCUCCUGCCGGGGAGAAGGCAGUUCAGGUUUUUGUUUUGCUUUGAUUUUCGCUUUUCCAUUUUUCAUUUGUUUUAUUUCUACAAUGAUUUUACUUCUGAGGAGUCGUCUGUCUCAGGAAGAGAUAUCUUAUUAUGGGGGCAGGGAAUGGGUACAUCACAAAGAUGGACAUUUAUCAAAGAAGUUAAAAUGGUGUGGCAGGUCAUUAAGAUUAGGCAAAGUCUCUCAGAACUGCUGAAUGAGGAGGCCUUCUUAUUUUGUGUAAAUGGUAAUUAUGGUGUGCACACUGAAUGCAGUUCUGAGCAUGGCAGGGGCCCCUGAAGGUCAGACCAGAAUUGCCCACAAUGCAUUUUUUUAACUAGGCAGAUGCAGUGAGCUGGUCUUGAUUGGAGAGAUUUGACAGGAUGCUAAUUACUGAACAGUAGGCUUUGUCAACGCUCUCGUUUCUAACAGAAUACUAACUGAGGAGUCAAAAAUUUGGAAAUAGCACAUGGCUGAUUUAUAUUGAAUUUUCCCUUACAAACCAUUGUCUGACAGCCUACUGGCCUUUCAUGAAAUUUAAACUAAACUUGUUCUAAGUAGUGACCCUCAAGCAAUAUUUUUGAUGUAACAAGUAUUUUUGACACUGCUAUACCAUAAUGUCAGGGUUCCUGAUCUCCAAGUUUCUAAAAAGGAACUGAGGUCAAACAGAUGCCUAUUGUAAAGGAUGUUUUUGAAUGUUUUAUGACUGCCUGCCCGUUUGAAUAUUGGCAAAGGGAAAAAUAAUAAAUUGACAUCAAAAAGUA